AAGCUCCCAAUGCCUCCAACUUAAAAAUCGUCAGAAUGGACAGAACAGCAGGGUGUGUAACUGGAGGAGAAGAGAUUUACCUUCUGUGUGACAAGGUUCAGAAAGAUGAUAUUCAAAUACGUUUCUAUGAGGAGGAUGAGAAUGGUGGUAUGUGGGAAGGCUUUGGAGACUUUUCUCCUACAGAUGUACAUAGACAGUUUGCUAUUGUGUUCAAAACACCCAAGUAUCGAGAUGUCAAUAUCACAAAACCAGCAUCUGUAUUUGUACAACUGCGUCGCAAAUCUGAUCUAGAAACAAGCGAACCAAAGCCUUUUCUCUACUAUCCAGAAAUCAAAGAUAAGGAAGAAGUGCAAAGGAAACGACAGAAGCUCAUGCCAAACUUCUCUGAUGGCUUUGGUGGAGGCAGCGGCGCAGGAGGCGGUGGCAUGUAUGGAGGGGGAGGUGGCGGUGCUGGCUCUGGGUUCAGUUAUCCUUCAUAUGGAUACUCUGCUUUUGGAGGGAUGCAUUUCCACCCUGGCACAACAAAGUCCAAUGCUGGAAUGAAACAUGGACUAUCAAAUAGCACAGCUGAACAAGAUGGGAAGGGCUCUGACAAACAAAGUGACAAACGGGACAUGAAACGUGAUGUGAAAGUGGAAACUAUGGAGAGGAAUGAGUGCAGAACCUUUGGUUAUCAUGAGGAGAAGGAUGAUGCUGCUUCUUUCUGUAAAAGUGAAGUAAAUGAAGCAAACUGGAGGCGGCAGGAUGGUCUGUUCCUGGAGAAGGCCAUGCAGCUUGCCAAGCGUCACUGUAAUGCUCUCUUUGAUUAUGCUGUAACCGGAGAUGUGAAGAUGCUGUUGGCUGUUCAGCGCCAUCUCACUGCUGUCCAGGAUGAUAACGGAGACAAUGUCCUUCAUUUAGCAAUUAUCCACCUUCAUACUAAGCUGGUGAGGGACCUCUUGGAAGUGAUGGCUGAUUUGAAUUACAAUGACAUCAUUAACAUGAGAAACGACCUUUAUCAGACCCCCUUGCACCUGGCAGUAAUCACAAAGCAGGCAGAGGUGGUAGAAGACUUGCUGAAGGCUGGAGCAGAUGUCAGCCUUCUGGAUCGCCAUGGUAAUUCUGUGUUACAUUUAGCUGCUGCUGAAGGAGACGACAAGAUUUUGGGUCUACUCCUCAAGCAUAAGAAGAUAUCUACGAUGGUCAACCUUUCCAGUGGUGAAGGUCUCAGUGCAAUUCACAUGGUGGUGAUGGCAAAUAGCAUGUCCUGCCUCAAACAGCUGAUUGCUGCUGGAGUUAACGUCAAUGCUCAGGAACAAAAAUCAGGACGAACUGCAUUGCAUUUAGCUGUUGAACAAGAAAACAUCCCCUUGGCAGGCUGCCUUUUGCUUGAGGGUGAUGCAGAUGUGGACAGCAUUACAUAUGAUGGGACAACUCCUCUUCACAUAGCAGCUGCAAGGGGCUCUACAAAAUUUGCAGCAGUUCUCAAAGCAGCAGGUGCAAAUCCUCACAUUGAGAACUUUGAGCCAUUGUUUGAUCUAGAUGAUGUGAAAGAUGAUGAAGAUGAUGAGGGGAUUGUGCCUGGAACAACACCACUUGAUAUGGCAGCCAACUGUGAGGUGUAUGACAUAUUAAAUGGCAAACCCUAUGAGUCAGCAGUGGUUUCAGAGGAUUUACUGAUGCAAGGACAUUUGAGAGAGCUGAAUGAAAGUUCCAAGACACAGCUUUACAAACUGUUGGAAUUGCCUGAUCCAAGCAAAAACUGGUCCACUCUAGCACAAAAACUGGGUCUUGGCAUACUUAAUAAUGCCUUCAGGUUGAGCCCUUCCCCAUCGAAAACUCUACUUGAUAACUAUGAGGUUUCUGGUGGCACAGUUCAAGAGUUGAUUGCUGCUUUGAGGCAGAUGGAUCACACAGAAGCCAUUGAAAUCAUUCAGAAAGCCCUAUCCAGCUUGCAAAACUCAUCUCACCUGGAGGACAAUACAGCAAAAGCUCUUCCCUUGUCAUCACCACCCACCUUUGCAAAAGGUGAGACAGGUGAGCUCUACAACAGCAAAUUUCAAGACAGUGAAAGCGUGUGUGACAGUGGUGUGGAGACCUCCUUCCGCAAACUGAGCUUUACUUAUUCGGACUCUCUGAGCAGCAAGUCAUCAGUAACACUUAGCAAAAUGACCCUGGGCUACGGACAUGAAAGUUCGGUGCAAAGCAGUUAUAUAGCCAACUAG